AUGGUGCCCAGAAUCGUCUCUGCUCUCUUCAUUUUUGAACUCCUGGGCUCAAACUCAGUCACAGACACUGGACUGUGGCUGUGCCAGCUGGUGCCCAGGUGUGGGGAACAGACCUACAACCCUUUGGAGCAGUGCUGUGAUGAGGGAGCUAUUCUGCCCUUGGACCAGACCCGCCUCCGUGGCCCCAAUUGCACCUUCUGGCCCUGCUUCCAGCACAGCUGCCUGGAGUCCUUGGUCUCUCAGCAUCAGACGGUUGUGAGGUUUAAGGUUCCAGGCGUGAAGUCCAACUGCGUAUCCUCCCCCAUCACCAGGAUCUGUGUCUGGAUAAGGAUCUGA